AUGGCUUUUCCUUCUUCCUCUUCUCCUCAAGGAAAGUAUGAUGUUUUUCUUAGUUUCAGAGGGGCGGAUACCCGCAAUAAUUUUACUUCCCAUCUGUAUGCUGCCUUGUGUCAAAAAAAGAUCAAUGCAUUCAUUGAUGACGAAGAGCUUGAAAGAGGGGAGCAAAUCUCUCCAUCUCUUUUGAAUGCAAUUGAGCAAUCAAAGAUUUCAUUGAUCAUUUUCUCAAAAGGAUACGCUUCUUCGAGAUGGUGUCUUGAAGAACUUGAAAAGAUUCUUGAAUGCAAGAACAAUAAUGGUCAAAUUGUAAUGCCAGUCUUCCAUAAUAUAGAUCCCUCAGAUGUCAGGAGUCAGAAUGGGACUUUUGGGGAUGCAUUUGCUGAGCAUGAAGAGCAGUUUAAGGGUAGGCAGGAUAUGGUACAGAGAUGGAGGAUAGUUCUGAGAGAUGCUGCCAAUCUAUCUGGCUUUGAUUCAAAUGUCAUCAGGGGACCAGAGCUAUUCUAGGCAUGCGCUUGGAUAUGUCCGAAGUAAGACAGCUACAUUUAAAUCCUAAAGCUUUCAGGAAGAUGCAUAAUCUAAGAUUCUUGGAAGUACAUGGCUGCUGGAAUGAUAACAAGGUACAUGGUUUCGAAGUCCUUAAAUCUGAUUUCUCUGAGCUACGGUACCUUCGCUGGGAUGGAUAUUCUGCCAAAUCAUUGCCACCAAAUUUUAAUCCAAAGAACCUUGUUGCACUCU